GGCGCGCUUGCAGGCAGCCCCCAUCUGGCCCGCUCUUCGGGGAUGGGAACAGGAGCGAGCUGCGUGGCACCUUCAGCGACAUCGGAGUUGGCGGCCUCUACUUCGGUGUCAGGCAGCCCCUAAGCCCGCUCUACGGGGAUGGGGACACGAGCGAACUAUGUCGCAUCGUCAGCUCCGUUGAUGUUGGCUCCGUCUACUUCGGGAGCAGGCAGCCUCCAUCUGGCCCGCUCUUCGGGGAUGGAGACACGAACGAGCUGCGUGGCAUCUUCUGCCUCGUCGAGGUGGGCUCCGUCUACUUCGAUUGCAGGCAGCCUCCAUCUGGCCCGCUCUUCGGGGAUGGAGACACGAGCGAGCUGUGUGGUAUCUUCUGCUCCGUCGAGGUUGGCUCCGUCUACUUCGAUUGCAGGCAGCCCCCAUCUGGCCCGCUCUUCGGGGAUGGAGACACGAGCGAGCUGUGUGGCAUCUUCUGCUCCGUCGAGGUUGGCUCCGUCUACUUCGAUUGCAGGCAGUCUCCAUCUGGCCCGCUCUUCGGGGAUGGAGACACGAGCGAGCUGUGUGGCGUCAACAGCUCCACGGUCGUCGCCUCCGUCUACUUCGGCGAAGAAGAAGGCAACCUCAUUGUGAUCUCUGCCUAUGUCUUGCCCAAGCACGGGUUUGGAGGCCUUAAUCUUGACAGGCGGGCUUCCCUGCGAGCCUUUUUGGCUUCAGUAUCUGACCCGUGGAUCAUAGUUGCGGAUUGGAAUCUCACCCCGAAGGUUCUUGAGGGCAAAUCGUUCCUCAAGGAUGUGGGAGGCACCAUCGCCCUCCCAGAUGCCAAGGUCACCUGUGACGAGGGCGCGGGGUCGCUCAUAGACUAUGUGGUGGCGUCAGUGUCGGUGGCUGACUUGGUCUCUGCCAAGGGCGUCCUCACCGUCCCUUGGAAGGUCCACUGCGGCCUCCAUGUAGAGAUCCAGGGCACUUCGACGGCAUGGCGGCACCGCGCCCUGGCCCCGCCGCGGCCGCUUCCUGCGUUGGAUCGGCCACCGACGGCCCCAGACCCUCAGAGCAAAAGCUACCAGCGCAAGCAAGCAGCGCUCCAGAGGCGCAAGGAGGCCCUGCCUGCAGGUCAUCAGGAUGCGUUUCAAGCGCUCCAUCAGCCUCCAGAUCCUCCGGCCUCGAUUGGCGAUGUCUUUGCAGUCAGCUUGGAUCGAUGGCACUCCAACUUGCCCUCUGGAGUGGAUGGAGGCAGCUUGCCGAAGUACAUCUUCACGGCGGAGAUGCGCAUGAUCAGCGAGUCUCCUAUUGUCGCUUGGGCCCUCGAGGGGAACGACCAGCUCUCCCAGGACUAUGGCAAGUGGGUCCACCAGAAAGCUCACGGCGUCCACAGACUCACAAGCGACCAGAUCGUUGAGGGCUUGUCGCAGGUCGCGGUGACAGUCGAGGCGGCUGCAGCACGUGAGGUGGCGAGGGGCAUCGGCGAGGCUCGCAAGGCCUACGCCGACUGGGAUGCUACGGUGGAGACCACUGCCAGCUCCAUUGCUGCCAAUGCGGUGGCCGACCCCACCACGAUCAUGGCCAACAAGUCGGCUAAGUGGGGUAAGAUAUGGAGCGACGCAGUGGACACCCCAGCGAGCAUUAUUCAAGCGCUGGGCGCCAUCCGGCAGAAAGCAGAUGAGGAGGACAUCCAUCCGUUGCAGAGUGAGCAGCUCCAGGCUGCCAUACGAGUCACUGGCAAUGAGAAGGCUCGUGGAGUUGACGGGCUGGGUGCUGGCGACUUGGGCCGCCUGCCGCCCCUGGCCAUCGAUGAGCUCAGGGAUCUACUGCAGCGCUGUGAGGCUGCCCAGGCAUGGCCUUUGCAGUUGGCGGCCACCCCCUCUGCCCUUGCCCCGAAGCCGUCGGGAAAGGGCGACCGUGUGCUGGGCAUGGCACCGCUACCUGCCAAGCUGUGGUCGCGGGCCCGCCAGACCUUCACGUCGCAAUGGUGCCCCAAGCGGUUGCAGCAGAAUCGCUCGGUGGUCUCAUCCAAGUCUGUGAUCCUCGGCUCGUCGGCUUCCCUGGCCAAGAAGUCGGCAAAGAGGUUGCGUGCGAGGGGAGUUCCAGUGAAGCCAGUCUUGCAGGGUGUCGACCUCGGCGUCGACGUUGCGGCUGGCAGACGCAGAGUUUGCGCCAAGGCCAUCUCGCGGCGCGUCAAGGCGCAGCGACGAGCUGGGCGCAUCAAAAGGCGCAGGCGCACGGCGGCACUUGGCCGUGAGGCCCGCUGCUUGUGGGCGACUGGCGCGUGCCCGCAGUCCACAUAUGGGCACCGAGUCCAUGGCACCUCGCCGUCGGCCCUGCUGGCGCUGCGGCGCCAGGCUGCUGCUGCCGUCACUGGUGGCCAAGGCGGGCGCUGCUUGACCAGCACGCUGGCGGCCUCCUUCGGCUUGAAGGACCCUGCGGUGGAGAUCCGUCGGCAGCUGGUUCUGGAAUGGCUCAGUUUCUGGCAGGCCCACCCUCAGCUACACCGACGUCUCAGACUCGUGUGGCCGUCGAUUCGGGGACGUCUUGCGAAGGCUGAGAAGCGGCGCUGGAACAUCGUCAGAGGCCCCAUCUCGGCGGCCAUUGCUACAUUGAUGGGUGUGGGGUGGGACCCGAAGACUGCAACGGUCUGGACCCGCCCCACUCUGGCUGGAGUUGAUGAGUGGCACAUCCCUUCGAGCGGCGACGAGGCGUUUGAGCACUUCGGCACCACCACGGAGCUGAUCGACGACCUCAUCAGUGACAUCCGCUCGGCGCUCUGGUCAGAGGCCAGUAAGCAUGACAAUGGCGAGGGCCUUGCUGGUGGCGGCGACUUCUUCCACAUCAUGAGGGAGCUCAAGCGUCACCAGGCCCGUAGCCAGUAUGAUGAACACGGAUUGAAUUUGUCAGUCGUGGCUGGAGGGCAGUGGACUCGAACACGGAGGCACCUUUGCGGGUACAAGCUGGAGCCGACCACUGGCCCGCGGUGCAAGAAGCAUCCUGAGACACUUUUUCACAGGAUAUGGUCUUGUGAGUGCAACUGCGACCACGACGACUACGAGAAGACUGCCUCGCUGCUCCCUGCGGCGACCGCGCAGCAUGAGAGCCAGCCCACUUUCUGGCUCCGUGGUGUGCCCACUGUCUGCAUGACCACGCCUCGGUUCGACGAGGCGCUGCUGGCCAAGCUCGAGCUUAG